AGAGAGAGAGAAUAAAGAGAAGAAAGCUUUUUCUUCCGUGAGUUCUUAGAUUUAGCGAGGAGAAAAUAAAAAUCAGAUAUUAUAAUAUCGGUGAAAAUACAAAAUUAAAAAAAAAUGGAGGAAAAUCUUCCUCCGGGAUUCAGAUUUCACCCGACAGACGAAGAGCUGAUCACACAUUAUCUCUGCCGGAAAGUCUCCGAGGUGGGAUUCACGGCCAAAGCCAUCGUCGAAGUUGAUCUCAAUAAAUGUGAACCCUGGGAUCUGCCAGCUAUGGCUUCGAUGGGGGAGAAAGAGUGGUACUUCUUCAGCUUAAGGGACCGGAAAUACCCGACCGGUUUAAGAACAAACCGGGCAACAGAGGCCGGUUAUUGGAAAACCACCGGUAAAGAUAAAGAGAUAUACCGGACCGGAAUUCUAGUGGGGAUGAAGAAAACCCUAGUUUUCUACAAAGGAAGAGCUCCAAAGGGUGAGAAAAGCAACUGGGUCAUGCAUGAGUAUCGUCUCGAGAACAAGAAUCCCUUCAAACCCACCAAGGAGGAAUGGGUGGUAUGUAGGGUUUUCGAGAAGAGUGUAGCAGUGAAGAAGCCACAAGAUCAUCAUGCACAGUCCUCACAACCAUCUCUCGACGAUUCUCCUAAUUGUGAUACAAAUUCGGUAGCAAACGACUUCGGAGACAUCGAAUUCCCAAACCCGAAUCCGAAUAUAUCAGCCGGAAUCCAUCAUCAUCAUCAUCAUCAUCAUAAUAUAUCAUCUCAAAGUGGAAAUAUCUAUUCAGGGGACAAUCUCAACAUGAACAUGAACAUGAACAUGGCCAAUACUCUUCCAUUACUCUCCUCAUGGAUGAUGGGCUCAACUCCUCUAUCUCCAAUGAAUUCUGCACUUCUCAAGGCGUUCCAGUUCAAGAAUUCUUAUAAUUUCCCGAAAGAUUCGAUCGGUUCUUCCGUCCUUCAACAUGGAGAUUCGAAUUAUGGCAUGAUCGGCUCGACCUCAAUGUCGCAAAAUGGUCCGACCUCUCACCCUCAGUCACAACCACAGGAACAACCAUUCAAUAUGGACCCUAUAUGGUGAAGGAACUCAAGAAACACACGACAAAAAAGGAGAUCGAAUUGUGAAAAAAUAUAUUUAAAUUUGGCUAACUAGCUCUUAUAAACAUAUUUCAUCAAUUUCAAUUCUAUCAUUGACGUUGUCUCUAUCUUUUUUUUUUUUUUUAAUCUCUUACACAUUUGUAUAUGGUUGAAC